AUGGCGUACAAUGGCCGUGAUCAGGAGUACGGGGGACACCCGAUGCAGGACAUGCCUGGUGGCAGCCAAUAUCACCUCCCCCCUCAGGAGAACGACGAGGAGCAGGGCCGUGGCCUCCUGAACUCUGGCUACGACCAAGAUCGACUCGGCGCUCGUACUCCACCCGACCGCCCCGUCUCAGCUUACAGUCUCACUGAAUCAUACGCCCCGGGAGCUUCGACAACUCCUCAGCCCGGUGCUGGAUAUGGCGAACACACCGGCAGCUUUGGCCAGUUUGGCGCCAACCUCGACCAGCCCGCCCCCUUUCCCCGACCCGACUCUGCCUUUGACCCCGAAGACAGCUGGGUUGAACGACAGCAGCAGCCCAUGAUUGGCAAGGGCGGUGGCCUGAAGCGCUUCAACACCCGAAAGGUCAAGCUCGUUCAGGGUUCCGUUCUCAGCAUCGACUAUCCGGUGCCCAGUGCCAUCAAGAACGCCGUCCAGGCUCGCUACCGCGAUGUCGAGGGUGGCAACGAGGAGUUCAUGAAGAUGCGAUACACAGCCGCUACCUGUGACCCUAACGACUUCACCCUGAAGAACGGUUACGAUUUGCGACCUCGCAUGUAUAACCGACACACUGAGUUGCUCAUUGCCAUUACCUACUACAACGAAGACAAGGUUCUGCUUGCCCGAACUCUGCAUCACACUAUGCAGAACAUUCGCGACAUUGUCAACCUUAAGAAGUCGACUUUCUGGAACAAGGGUGGCCCUGCCUGGCAAAAGAUUGUCGUGUGCUUGGUUUUCGACGGUAUCGAGAAGGCCGACAAGAACACCCUUGAUGUCCUCGCGACUGUGGGUAUUUACCAGGAUGGUGUGAUCAAGAAGGAUGUCGACGGCAAGGAGACCGUGGCUCACAUUUUCGAAUACACCUCCCAGCUUUCCGUCACCCCCAACCAGCAGCUCAUCCGGCCCACCGACGACGGCCCCAACACUCUGCCGCCCGUCCAGAUGAUUUUCUGCUUGAAGCAGAAGAACAGCAAGAAGAUCAACUCUCACCGUUGGCUCUUCAAUGCCUUUGGCCGUAUCCUGAACCCCGAAGUGUGUAUCCUGAUCGAUGCCGGUACCAAGCCUAGCCCUCGGUCUCUGCUGGCCCUCUGGGAGGGUUUCUACAACGACAAGGAUCUCGGUGGUGCUUGUGGUGAAAUUCACGCCAUGUUGGGUAAGGGCGGCAAGAAGCUGUUCAACCCCCUCGUUGCUGUCCAGAACUUCGAGUACAAGAUCUCCAACAUUCUCGACAAGCCUCUCGAGUCUGCAUUCGGUUACGUCAGUGUGUUGCCCGGUGCCUUCUCGGCGUACCGAUUCCGAGCUAUCAUGGGCCGUCCCCUGGAGCAGUACUUCCACGGUGAUCACACCCUGUCCAAGAUGCUUGGUAAGAAGGGUAUUGACGGCAUGAACAUUUUCAAGAAGAACAUGUUCUUGGCCGAAGAUCGUAUCCUGUGUUUCGAGCUGGUGGCCAAGGCUGGGCAGAAGUGGCAUCUGUCUUAUAUCAAGGCCGCCAAGGGUGAAACCGAUGUUCCUGAAGGUGCCGCCGAAUUCAUCUCACAGCGUCGACGAUGGCUGAACGGUUCGUUCGCCGCCACUCUGUACUCGCUGAUGCACUUCAGCCGCUUCUACAAGUCGGGCCACAACAUCAUCCGCAUGUUCUUCUUCCACAUCCAGCUCAUCUACAACUUCCUCAACACUCUCUUCUCCUGGUUCUCUCUCGGUUCUUACUGGCUUACGACGUCGGUCAUUAUGGAUCUCGUGGGUACACCCAAGGUGACCAGCGGAUCUCACGGCUGGCCUUUUGGUGAUACUGCUACCCCUCUGGUCAACGCUCUGCUUCAGUGGACAUACCUUGGCUUCGUCAUCCUCCAGUUCAUUCUGGCUCUGGGUAACCGUCCCAAGGGUUCCAAGUUCACCUACAUUGCUUCGUUCAUGGUCUUUGCUCUCAUUCAGGGUUACAUCCUGGUUCUCUCAGCCUACCUGGUUGUUCGCGCCUUCGACAAGCCCAUUGGACAGCAGAUCUCGUUCGCUUCCGGCCAAGAAUUCCUCAACAGUUUCUUCGGCGGCGACAGCGCGGGUGGUGUCAUUCUCGUUGCCCUGAUCACUAUUUAUGGUCUCAACUUUGUGGCCUCCUUCAUGUACCUGGACCCCUGGCACAUGUUCCACUCCUUCCCCUACUACCUGGUUCUCAUGUCCACCUACAUCAACAUUCUCAUGGUCUACGCCUUCAACAACUGGCACGAUGUUUCUUGGGGUACCAAGGGUUCCGACAAGGCCGAGGCUCUUCCCUCUGCCCACGUCACCAAGGGCGACAAGAACGAGGCCGUUGUCGAGGAAAUCGAGCUGGAGCAGGAGGAUAUCGACAGCCAGUUCGAGCAGACUGUCCGCCGAGCCCUUGCUCCCUUCAAGGAGGAGGAGGAGAUCGAGAAGGCCGAUGUCGAGGAUGGUUAUAAGUCAUUCCGUACCGGUCUUGUCGUCACCUGGCUGUUUGGCAACAUCUUCCUCAUUCUCUGCAUUACCAGCGAUAACUUCGAUGGUCUUGGUCUUGGUGAGGAUGCCACUGCCCGAAAAGCCCACUACUUCCAGUUCCUUCUGUGGGCCACUGCCGUGCUCUCUAUCGUUCGUUUCAUCGGCUUCCUGUGGUUCCUGGGUAAGACCGGCCUCAUGUGCUGCUUCUCGAGACGGUGA